AUGUCAUUGAUUACAGAUCCAUCUUAUUUAAUUCAUAUAAGUCGAAUCAAGUUUUUGAGGUUGGAUGAACGUGGUGAACGCAUCAUAAGUUUCCCACCCGCCGUCAUGUCUGAUGAUUAUGUUCGAUUAGCAGCGCCUGUCUAUCCCGAAAUGCAAUAUUGCUAUUCCCCCGUUUACAAUAAUCUACUCUCAUCGUCCACAAGUAACAAUAAUGAUUUAGGACAAGUGACAUUGACCAGUAGUCCGCGAACGACGAAACGGAAUCAUUAUCGUCAACGCAAAGCAGCGCAAGCAGCAUUCAUUCAACAGCAACAACAAACUAAACCACCCAACACCAGCGUACGAUACCCUCCUGUACCCGUGCAGCCUUUGAAUAUUCAGGCGAAUAGUAACAAUGCAAUGAUAAAUACUGAAGCUAAUAAUACCAAGUCGGAAUUGAUAACAACUGACAGUGAAGACGAUGACAUUGAAGUAGAUAAGCAAACAAUAAUGUCUCGUUCAAGUGGAAAACCGAAUGAAUUGGAAGCAACAUCACCGGUAGCAGCAGCUACAGCCAAACCGGAUAACAAUAACAACUUCAAUAGCCACAGCAAUACCCUUACUCAGCGUUCAUACCCCACUACGUCUUUACAUCCUUCUGUCGAUUCCGCCAUUGACCCUUCCCCCCGUAGCUCCAUUGACGAUAUGAACAACCAUCCCGACUUUAACACCAUGGCCCCUUUCGUGACUACGAACUUUUCAAAGGAACAGAAUUAUGAACCUACCUCUCCUCUGUCUCGAAGAGGGCAACCACCAUUUCCACUGCCAUUUACGGCUGCACGAGCGAAAAACGCAACAAUAAACUCUACAGCAGCAUUAGCAGCAACAGUCGCAUCUGCAGCAAGCAAAGCGGCAACGGCUGUUACUCCAACUACUACUACUACUACUACUACUGUUACUACUACUUCUCCUCCUUCCGUCACUUCAGCAGAAGCACCUACAACCGCUUCUUCUACGGCAACGCUCAGCAAGGCACCUUUGGCGCCACUUGAUUAUACCAAGAAGAAACCUACUGACAUCAACAAAAAGGUGACUUCCAACCUCUCUGCUAUGAUUGCUGAAAAGGCAAGUGCUGCUGAAAACCCAUUUGCCGAAUAUUCCUUUGUGUCAGGCAAAGGGGAGCCCAAAUCCAUUACGUUGUGUGUCUACUUGCCACAUUCCAAACAACCCUUUCAACCCAUUACGGUCAUUGUACGACCUGAAGCGAUCACGGAUGAUGUGAUCGGUUACAUUCUUUACGAAUACGUUGAGCAAAAACGAGAACCCGAACUAGACGAGGCAUGCUACGAUCUAGCAGAAUGGGUAUUGAUGAUAGCAGAAGAAGAUGGCGAAGUAGAAGAUGAUUUACCCGCGAUCGAUCGCACCAGAAAUAUUGGUAGAGUGUCGUUUGAUCAAUUUGCCUUAUGUCGAGCUACACCAUCUCAAGUAAAACAGAAUGAUGCGGAUAGAGCAAGGAUGGGUAGAAGCAAACCGGACUUGGACACCUUGACAAAGAAAAAGCAACAGCGUCGCAUGGGUGCUGGUGCUGGCCUUACCAUUGAUACGAAGGGGCCAUUUGUACAACCCAAUGUGACAACGACCGCUGCCAUAGCAGGAAAUGCCAUUCCUAUAACACACGCUCAACACGGCACCCUGUUGGAGCCUACAAAUUAUAUGACAUCCCCUAUUUUAUCGCCUACUCACCAACCACAUACGACGGAUCACCCAACUUCUACUGCUGCUGCUGCUACUGCUGCUACUGCUAUUACACCUUCUAUUUCUCAGCAGCAACAGCAGCAGCAACAGCAGCAGCAACAACAGCAACAACCUGAACAAGACCCUUCUACUGUGGCUGUUCCUGUCCCAUCCUCCAAAGCUACACUGACAAAAGCUACCAUGCCCAUGACACCCCUUAAGUAUUUCCGUAUUAAAUUGAUGACGAAUGAAGAAGUAUCAGCCACGACUGCCAUCCCUGUGUAUGCUGAAAUGUUUAUUGGAGAUGUAUUGGAACUUGUGUCGAGAAAACGAAAGUUGAAUCCCAACGAAUACAUGCUGACGAUUGCAGAUAGUAAUGUGAUCGUAUCGAAUGAUACAACAGUCGAAAGUCUGAAAGGAAUCACGGAUUUGACUCUCACCAAGAAAGGAACAGCUUUGACCAUGCCUAGUUCUACAAACACUCAUCUGUGGAGAUCGCCGAUUAAAAGGAAGAAGGACGAAGUCAACCAUCCGAUGUACUUUUCUACCACAGGAAAUUACUCAUCGAUUGACCCUUCUCUAGCCAUUACAAAUACAGCAGCUGCAGCAGCAGUGGGUAAUGAUAGCAUUUUUUCACAAUACAAAAAGUAUAAUGUGAGUCGAAAGAUGCCGAUGUUUGUGAGUAAACGAGUGUAUAUUUUGGCCAUUGAUGGUGAUUAUAUUCAUCUCAUGCCUCCUGAACAUAAAGGCAUGUUUGAUUCUGUCAAGACGACAUCCUUUCAUGCAAGUGCAGUGCGGUCUUGUAAACAGAGUAAGAAAGUACCUACCAAUUUCAAGAUUGUGCUAUUGAAAGAAAGGGAUUUCAAAACGUAUGAUUUGGAAGCAGAAAGUGCGAAAGAAGCCAGCGAAAUAUGUAGUAGGAUUCGCUUUUUAAUGCAAGUAACAAAAGGAACAUGA